GUGUCUGUACGACGACGACGACGACGUUCAUCUCUUUUGUCAUGUAAGCCAAUGCGUUUUCCAUACCAUCACAUCACAUCAUUUCCGAAGUCAUAGUAAAAUUUUCAAAAUGCCAUGGUAAAAUUGGUUUCUCUCUUAUAAAAUCGAAGACAUUUCAGCAGAUACGUUAAUUUCUGCUUAAUUGAAUGUGCAACAUGUCAAAUAUCUUCAGAAUUCCGGCCGAUAUCGCACACGAUACAUAAACUUUUGUUAUGAGUACUGAGAGAGCUCGGUAGCGCGAUAGCAACAACUCCGUAACAUUCGACACAACUGUCAUUACGUUUGUGGACGCGUGCAUGCGUAUUGGUGUAUUGGUUUGCGAUGCUUCGUUUGCUAUACCGUUUCGUACGUUCGUUUGGUUGCCUGCUUUGCUUGCUUGCUUGCUUGUACGCUGCCUGCCUGCCUGCCUGCCUGCCUGCCAUGGGUUUGUGUGAUAAAAAUGAUAUGUCGUGCGAAGUGCAAGUCUAGACACAAUUUUUCUUUUUCACCACAAGACCAUAACCGUCAAUCAGUCAGUCUUUGAACAAUACUCAAAGCGUUCGCACGUUCCCAUUUGAAAUAUCCCUUUUCUUUAUCCUGGUUUUUUCGACACUCCAAAAACACACAUAUAUUCAUAUUACAACACUACAUGCGAUUCCAAUCAAAUCCACACACAUAUAUUGCACAUCAUAUAGAUAUAUUUUCUGAAGCCAGUUAAACUGAAUUAUCAUCUUUUCUGUGAAUCAAUUACUCUAUAAUCCAAUUUAAUCCCAUUAAAACAGUGUUAAUCAGUUUUUUUUUAGUUCUUUGCGAUUCGGGUUUGUUUUUGUUUUUGCUGUGCGUUCGUCCUUUAACUCAUACAUAUUUAGAACAUAGGUAAAUAACAAAACUUUUUUUUUUUGUUAACUCGAACAAUUUUUUUUUGACGUGCCAAAAUAAUCAUUUCGACGAAAUUUGAAAACAAAACACGACUUUUACAUCGAAGCGAAAAAAAUUUUCGCUCCUGGCCGUGAUUAUCCGUUGCGUUGGAUGAUGAGCUAGUUUUUCUUUUCGUUUGCUUGGAUGAACAUCAUCUUAAAAUGUGACAGUGAACAGGAAACAUUGUGUGUUUGAAGUGUUAAGUACGCGAGAGAGAAAGAAAGAAAAAGAAAAGAUUUCACGAUCCUGUUUGUUUCUUUGUCGGCAUGUUCAUUUUCGAUAUAAGAAAAAAUUGUGUGCUGCUAACCUGGACCGUUUAAUUGAGAAUUUAAACGAAUUCCAUUUCAACGGAGUGCGGUGAAGAGAAUCAAAAGAGAAGAACGAAGAAAAUCGUGACGGCAAAAAUUGAAACGAUGCUUCCAAAUAUAUUUACCAAUACAUUUGAAACGAUGAAAUUAUGGUAAUAUUGCCAUUUCAGUGACAUUAUUGCACUCGGAAUUGUAGCAACGAUAGAGAAGAAGAAGAAGAAGCAGAAAAAAAACAAACAGCACCGAGGAGUAUAAAACUUCCUUUUCAGCGAACGAAAUAACAACAACAAAAUCAAACAAAAAGUCCAAAGUAUUUAAGCAAUUGGAAAGAAGAGCGUUGCGAGCGCAGCGAACAUCGAAUUAAGGCAAACGCAAACCAGCAACAAUACAAAAUGCAAGAGAACAGCAUUCCUGCAUCGCCGAACGCAAAUAUUAUCGAUCAAGCACAGUUUGAAGCCGACAAACGGGCUGUAUACAAGCAUCCGCUAUUUUCUCUACUGGCAUUGAUGCUUGAGAAAUGUGAACAAGCCACGCAAGGCUACAUUCCAAAGGCGUCGUCGACGACAUCUUCAUCGAGCCCAAAUGGAACAUCAAAUGGUGAAUCGGAUUCGUUUACGAAAGACAUUCAAGCAUUUAUCCAAAUGCUGGAGAAAGAAAAUCGGCCACUCUUAACAAAUAAUGCUGAACUCGAUGGAUUGAUGAUAAAAGCAUUACAAGUGCUUCGAAUCCAUUUGCUCGAACUUGAAAAGGUUCAAGAAUUAUGCCGAGAUUUCUGCACUCGAUAUAUAGCGUGCUUAAGAGGAAAAAUGCAAUCGGAAAAUCUGCUGCGAUCUGACUAUCCACUUGAGCACAACAAUAAUUUGUCAAAUUCAAACAGCCCCGUCAACACUCCAGAUCACGAGAGUUUAAGCGGACAGCAAUCGAAUUUUUUUGGAACGAAUGAUUUUUUAGGUGGAAGUAAACUAAAUGACUUUAGCAGUAUUCAAGGAUUUUUACCGUCUCAUGCGAAUAAUUCGAUUACAACCGAUCACAAUACAUUUACCAAUGAAUUAAACAAUAUGUCAAAUGCUACAAUUCCUACAUCGUUAGUUGGCAAUAUGAAUGCUGACGGUGGACACUCACCAAAUCACAAUUCGAUGAUUUCAUCACAGAUACUAGGCUCAACACCGCUCAGUCAAAUCGGAUGUCCAUUGCCAAUAGAUCCAUAUGCAACAGACCAAUUGUCACCGUGCAAUAGCUCCGACGAAGGCGACUCGGAAAUUGAUUCGAUUAACGAUGAUCUGAGUUCAAAUGUUUCCAAUACAUCGGGCUCAAAGCGACAAAAGCGUGGAAUUUUGCCAAAGCAAGCGACCAGCGUCAUGAGAGCUUGGCUCUUUCAACAUUUAGUGCACCCGUAUCCAACCGAAGACGAGAAACGAGCUAUCGCCGCUCAAACGAAUCUGACAUUGUUGCAGGUUAACAAUUGGUUCAUAAAUGCCCGGCGAAGGAUUUUGCAGCCGAUGCUCGAGCAUGCCAACGAUUCAAAUCAACACAAUCCAGAGGCGAACUCGGGUAAUGAGACACAGAAAAAAUCAACAUCACCAUAUUCGUCGGCAGCAAACAACACAACAACGACACAAUCAUUAAACGAUCGUGGUACCGAAAAUACGAAUCCAAACAUGCUGUGCACCGACAAUGAACGGCUUUUAAUGCUACAAAGAUUCGCAAGCAACAAUUACUGCAGCAGUGAUGAGAGCGAAGAUAGUUUUGGCACGGAAAGCAAGCAAAAUCAAUGAAGUGGCCAAAAGCAGUGAACCAAAAACGGCGCAUAUAACAUUUAAUAUGAUUUCAUUUUCGGUUCUCCUUUAUUUCGUUAUUUUCCAUUGAAAGUACAGAUAAAUCCCGUGUAUCAUCUCCACUUGUAUUGUUUUUUACAUUGAAGGGCGUUGCACGCACCUCAACAUUCACAAUACAAACUCAAUGCGAGUGGAGACGCCUUAUGAAAAAUGGCACAGAUUGCUAGUGCUAAGGUUUAUCUGUACUUUGUGUUUUUCAUAGAACAGCAAAAGCAUCUAGGUUUAUUUCACUCUGCAGUUAGGAAUGAUUGUUUUCUUUUUAUCCAUGGUGUUAUUCAAUUGUUCAAUUGAUUGUUUAAGGCUCAUUAAUUUGAUGACUUUGCUUGCCCAUUCAUUCCAAAAUGUAAUUUUUCAGUGGUGCCAUAUUUGAAUCAGGAAUUUAAAUAAGAAUUUUUUUCUUUGUUCAAUUCUGUUCUGUAUUUUUUCUUAAAUUUGAACGAAAUCAGGUUAACUAUAGUACUAAAAAUUCCUACUUACAUAAAUACUCGUAUUUAGUUUGGAAAUGGUGGAAAAAAAACACAAACAAAUUUAUCUUUUGGUUCUCUCAAAGACAAAAAAAAUAGAAUUAAACAAUGAAAAGAAAAGAGAUUAACAUAGAAAAAUGUGCCAGAACUAUGAAACUACUGAUAUGUAUACAGUAAGUCUUAAGUGAAACAGUCAGAAAUAUGGAGAAAAAAAUCCACGUCGAAUGGGAUAGUAAAGAAACUUUGUGAAGCAACAAAAAAAAGACAUUGAUAAUGAAAGUAUACUAAAAAAGCAAGUCCUCGAUUCGAGAUGAACUGAAAUUUGCCAAGUUCAGCCGGACACAACUGUACAUAUUUUGCACUUAAUUCUUUUCUAGAGAUAAAAAUUCACUCAUGUAUACCAAGUUUAUUAACUUUACAAGUCAAAAUAGUUUUAUCUCUUCCUCGCAAAUAAACAAAACAAAACAACAACAACAAGAAAAAA